AUGCCUUCACCACCCAUCUCGCUUUUCAUGACGACGAUCGCCUCUCAGCCGGCAUUGCGGCAGCGCCAAGAAUAUAUCUUGCGUAUCUUGCAGGUUAAGAAGAUACCCUAUAUCGUUUAUGACCUCGCGUCAGACGAAGAAGCGAAGCGGUUAUGGCGGAGAAAAGCCCCACCAAAUAACCAGCAGCUUCCUGGAAUCCUGGUUGGCGCUAAAUAUCCUGGCACCUUCUCGGAAUUCGAGGACGCGGUCGAGAACGACGAACUCGACAUAUUCCUCCGUCUCAAUGAUGAAUGGGACCCCAAAAUCGACGAGGACCGACCCAUGCCCGAAGCUAAACCUGUCGGCGUUCCCGGGGCCAUGACGCCGCUCGAAGUAACGCCUGAGCAUAUCAAGAAGAAGAUCCUCGCCCAGUCGCCGUCACCAUCUCCUCUGAAGAAGCAGAUACUUCCAAAGUUAGUACGAGAAUAG